CAUUCAUGAAUUCCUCGGAGCAUAACAAGUUCGAUCGUCCGAGUGUGUACACGUUUUGUGAGUGAGAUUUAAUUCGUGACAAUGAGUGGUAACUUCCUUACAAUACCGGGCGAUGAUCCAAUCAAACGCCGAGGGCGGAGUUCAUCUCUCACAGAUCUUAUCUCAGCGUUCGACACAAAAGCACAGACGCACAGCGAUCUACAGAAGAUAACGGCAUUUAGCGGGCAAUUCGACAAGAACCACAAACCAACCUUCUCAAAAGAUGAAUAUGGCAAGCCGGUACCAGGUUCGAUGACAGAAUACAGAGGCGCGGAGGCACAAGCCAGGGUUUGUACUGAGAUGAAGGAGCUAUGUGAGAUCAUCAAUGAAUAUGGAAAGUCACCAUGCAAGAGUCUGCUACCACCUGAACUACAAAGUGCAACGAAAGUUAUUUCCUUCGGAGAAUUGUUUUCGAUAUACACAAUAAUAUCGGACAAAUUAGUCGGGCUCCUACUUCGGACGAGGAAGCAUGGCCUGACUUUCUUCGAGGGAGAAGUAUUAUUCCAGAAACGAGAUGACGACGUUCCAGUAUUUUUAAUGCAGACAAUUAAUGAAAUUAGGGAGUACUGUAAUAAUAAGGCGAUGCAAGCAAGAAGAUCCGUUUCACCCAUGCCAAUGUAAACUGUGUCAUAUUCAUUCCCUACUAGGAAUACUAUAUGUCAGGGAAAAUAGUACUGCAAAGAUUACAAUUUGAAUUUUUCAAAGUUCUGACGAAAGAUAAUUAGUUAUUUAUGCAACUCUUGUGUAAUAAGGGGUAUUAAAACACGAAUGUUUGCACGACAGUUGCAUACUAUACUUUAUCUAUUAUGGGUAUAAUAUGAAUUCUCUAUAAAAGAUUCUGAAAUAAUUAGCUAACUGCUAACAACUAAAAAGCCAGUCCAGUAACCAUUAAUGUUUUACUGAAUUUCAUUACAACACUCGUUUGGAUGAUGUAAUGGUUAUUAGGACAUUUGGUGUUUUAAUGUUGGCAAUAAGCUAACUGUUUUAGAAUUUUUAAUAGAGGAUUUAAAGCAUGGUUGUAGAUAAACACAUUUACAGCAAAUUGUCCAAAAUUUAUAUAUGGCAAUAAUUUAGCUAAAAUUAUUAAAUUUAGCUAGAGAUCUCACAUCAGUUAAUUAUUUUGUUUUUCAAAACUUGUUUUCGAUUUGUUUUUUUAUUUUAUUUUGACAGCGUCGUAUAAGUGUUAGUAUCAGCAUAAUUAGUGUUAACGUGUCCUUAGUUUAGUAAUCCAUAAUCCUUGGUCCAUUGAGAUCUUAUAUAUUUGUCUGUGUACUAUCAUCGCAUUUUAUUAGUUACUGGAAAUUUCUAUCCAUCGCAAAAAUAGUGCUGGAGUUUUGUGAGACUUUAUAAUAAAUAUUUUUAGUUGA